UAGAAUCACUGUAGGUGUAUGGUUAAGGAGAGUGUUAUUUUCACGCGGUGUAGUUAAUCUUGUGGCUUGUAUAUGCUUACGAUCCUAGUGACGUCUACGCGUUUUCACUAGAUGAAAAUACGAUCACGCGGAUUAUUUAUCGAAGACUAUUCGCUGGAGCUAUCAUACGUAUGACCAUCUGAUUUAUUGUGACACUUAGAGACGAAAACAAACAAUUGGGUCUACACGAUCUUUCUCGAACGUGUAUUAUAGAGCAAGACUCACAGAUAAAUAUAUCGUCACAAGUAACAUCAUAAACUUUUUUCGCUCGGUUUUCUAUACAUUUAUAUAUCUUUAUAUAACGAAUCUCGUUUUUCUGAUCAAGCCAUGAGUGAAUAAUAGAGGUUAGCGUCUGGCAAAUAGUUCAAGGAUUCUUAUUGUACGACGAAGUGUCUCGAAACGUGUUAUCAUACACCUUUUUCCCCGAGACUAGUGCCAAAAACGUAUGUUACACAACGUGAAUGCUUUUGUGAAAUUCUUCGAAAUUGUUGUUUGUUGCAACGCAUAUUCGAAGAUUCAAGCACGUUCUCUCCAGAUCUCAGUGGUUCUAAAUGACAAAUGCAAUGGGAGGAGCAAAUCUUCAUACACCCCCAUCCAUAUUUCAACAUAUGAUGGGUCAACAAAGUACUUCACAACAAUCAACGACAUGGAUGCAUAUGCCACAAGUGCCGCCAAUGUCAAUACCAUGGAGUGUGCCUUCUCUCCAACAACCAGAAUUAGUCAGAUUUACUGGUGGACCAAGUUACGAACCAAUACUCCAUCAAAAGAGAAAACUUGAGGCUUAUGAUCUACUAGAUAUAAGGCAAACAAAACAAUUCAUAACAGAAGAAAAAAUGGCUGCAUAUUUUAAAGAUUUGCAUAUUAGUUCCAAUUAUCAGCAACAUUCUGCUGUACCAUCAACUUCAACAGCUGAUGCACCAUCACUUUCUUCUAUGGAAUUAAAUAUGGAAUUAGACAUAGAUGCAGCUAAUGUAGCAGAUUCAGAUCAAGUAAAAACAGGACCUAGAUUAAUACUUUCAGAAGAACUGAAAAGACUCCAAAAGGAACCUAUUCUUCCAAAUUCUUUAUUAUCCAAAUUGGAGAGGCCUUCCAUGGCAUUAGUCCUUUGGGAACCACCGAGUAGACAUCUUCGUAUGUUAGCAAGUAGAGAUACACCAACUCCAAUUCCUAGUACGUCUGACGAUAACAAUAAUAACAACAACAAUAACAAUAAUAAUAAUGGAACUAUUUCUGAUUUGAAUCAAACGUUAUCGCGUAAUACACCAGUUUUUGAGCCAAUGGAAUUAUGAAGGUAAUUAAUUGGGAAAUUGCGUUUAAAAUAUGUAAAUUAGAGCAAAGAAAAAUGUUAAACCU